AUGGCUUCGCUUCUCAAGUUCUUCACCGCAGGUUUGUUGGUGGCCUCCGCAGCCGCCCACCCUGUGCAGGUGCGCCCAUCGCCCAUUCAAAAGCGUGCUGCGAGCUCGACCAAGCGCGGCGCUGCUUACAACGACGCGACUCUCGUUUCCGCCUUGACCGACAGCUCUAGCGUUAUCUCUUGGGCCUACAAUUGGGGUAGUACGAUCGAUGGUGAUAUUCCUUCUGGUGUCGAGUAUGUGCCUAUGCUCUGGGGUUCCGACGAUGUCGACAGCUGGGCUGCCGCCGUCAAGACCGCUCUUGCAGAUGGCAGCACUCACCUGAUGGGUUUCAAUGAGCCUGACUCGUCCUCCCAAGCUGAUAUGACUUACUCUGACGCUGCUGCAUACUACAAGGAGUACAUCACUAUUUACUCUGAUGAUGCCACUUUGGUCAGUCCUGCCGUUACUUCGUCAACUAACACUGGUGAGGGUCUGUCUUGGCUCUCCUCUUUCUUGGGUGAAUGUGAAGACUGCAAGAUUUCCGUUGUUGCUAUUCAUUGGUAUGGUGGCACUAUCGCCGAGCUCCAGACCUUCGUCAACGAGGCUAUCGAGACGGCUUCUGACUACGGCAUAUCCGAGGUCUGGUUGACUGAGUUUGGCCUGGAUACUGAUGAGUCUGGUAUCACUGAUCUGAGCGUGGCUGCUACUUUCGUUGAGGAGGCUAGCACGUGGCUCGAGAGCAAGUCCGCUAUCACUCGCUAUGCAUUCUUCUACUGCGCCAACGACUUCAUGCUCACAGAUGGUGUCGCAAAUUCUGUUGGCAAUGCUUACGUCUCUGUCUCUGGGUCCACUUCCUCCUCUUCAUCGGAGUCCUCCUCGUCUGCAUCGACCUCUACAUCGACCUCUACAUCGACCUCUACAUCGACCUCUGCAUCGACCUCUGUAUCAACCUCCACAUCGACCACUGUCUCCGUUGCCACCGAGACCAUUUCAUCAUCCGCAUCUGAGAUCUCUUCAUCGGUUUCCGUGUCUAUCGAGGUCCUCGGUGAAGUCGCCGCAGAAUCGUCAACCUCAAGCUCAGUUGCUUCAACAACCUCGUCCACAUCCACCGUGACUCUGACUAUGACAACUACUCAUGUCGCCACUACAUCAGCAACUGCAUCAGCCACUACAUCAGCAAUCGUUUCAUCUACACCUACUCCUUCUGCGGUUGCGGUCGCUUCCACUACUCCAUCUGUAACCCCUUCGCCCUCGACCUCAGCGACCCCUACAUCCACAGUCGAGGUCGUGCCUACUGUCUACGUGACUCAGGUCAUCCCGGUCAUGGCUUGUCCCACUCACAGCUCCUUGGCGCAGUAG